AGCACUUCUCAAAUGACAAAAUCAACUUCUCCAUUCACGUUCCCUUCAUUUUUGACUCCUCCAUAACUCAUUCAUUCCGUCUUUCCCUUCUCUCCCUUUCUCCUUGGACUCCACCAAAAACUCACAACUCUCUCUCUCUCUUUCAGGUUGUGAGGAUGUCGACUCCUUCAAGGAAGAGACUCAUGAGAGAUUUUAAAAGGUUGCAACAAGAUCCUCCUGCCGGCAUCAGUGGAGCUCCUCAAGAUAAUAACAUUAUGCUUUGGAAUGCAGUUAUAUUUGGACCGGAUGACACCCCUUGGGAUGGAGGCACAUUCAAGCUAACACUUCAGUUCACUGAGGAUUAUCCUAAUAAACCACCUACAGUGCGCUUUGUGUCUCAAAUGUUUCAUCCAAACAUUUAUGCAGAUGGAAGCAUAUGUUUAGACAUUUUACAAAACCAGUGGAGCCCAAUUUAUGAUGUAGCUGCAAUACUUACCUCAAUUCAGUCAUUGCUGUGUGACCCUAACCCAAAUUCCCCAGCAAAUUCAGAAGCUGCUCGGAUGUUUAGCGAAAACAAGCGUGAAUACAACAGAAGAGUACGUGAGAUUGUUGAACAGAGUUGGACUGCUGAUUAAUCAUCUCGGGGCAUCUAUUGCAGUUAAAGGGCUGUGAAAAGGAUCCAAUUCAAUAAGUACUUAAAAGAACAAUUGUGUGUUGUAGCCCCUUGACACUAUGUUUGUUCAACUUUUUAUGAAUGGAUGUUAUGCUUUAUAAUCUCCAUGUUGUGCAGAAUCGUGUUCUGUUUCGCACCUUUAUCAUUUUGUUUCAUCAUUAUAACAUAGGAUAAUUUUGUUAACAG